UGUUUACUGGUUACAUUAUUUACCCUUUUCGUCAGGUUUCAUGUUUUAACUUGCAUGUCAGUAUGUAGCAUUUACAUACUGCUGUUUUUUUAUAGAACUAACUAAUUUCGCUAAACGAAACGUAUGUCGCUUACUGUUAAAGUAAGCUAAAGUGCUGGUUGGCUGAUUUGAGAAGACUGUGUUUCCUGUGUUUUCUCGUUACAGCUGUACCCUUAGUACAAGCAUAAUGGAUGCUGUAGUUGCAGCAGUUCGAUGUCGCCCCCUGACAACACUCGAAAGGGACUCUGGUUGUAGAAAUGCAAUUGAAUUUCUACCUCAAACCAAUCAGGUACUUGUUGCUCGUGAAAGAGCAUUCAGCUUAAAUCAUGUGUACUCAGAGGAUGCGACACAGAAAGAAAUCUAUGACACUCUUGUUGAUCCUGUCGUUGAAAAAGUCAUGAAAGGCUUUACAGCCUGCGUAAUGGCUUAUGGUCAAACAGGUAGUGGUAAAACAUACACUAUGGGGACAAAAGUUAAGGCACCAACACCAGGUAUUGUUCAGAAAGCUCUUGAAAGAAUAUUUUCUAGCUCAGGCAAUUUUGAAGUUCACGUCAGUUUCUUGGAGGUAUACAAAGAAGAGGUUUUAGAUCUCUUAUCUCCUGAAAAAAAGAAAAUGCAUCUUGUGGAGUUUAAACCUGUGGGGCUGACUCUUAAAAAGACUGGGACAAUGGAAGUAGCUCUUUCUGAAAUGGAAAAGGGGUUGAAGAACAGGCAUGUUGGUGCAACAAAUGCCAACUUGCACAGUUCUCGUUCGCAUGCAGUUUUCACUAUUCAUUUCUCGAAUUUGACUGAAGAUGGACGAUGCAGUUCAAAGCUAUAUCUAGUUGACUUAGCAGGAAGUGAAAGUGUCUCAGAAAUGUCUGGAGAUACCAGAAAAGAAGGUGUUAUGAUCAACAAAGGGUUGCUCCAACUUGGCAAUGUAAUGUCAGCAUUGUCUUCUUCUGAUCAUGUCCCAUAUAGGAAUUCUGCUUUAACAACAGUUCUCAAAGAUACACUUAGUCCUCAAAACUAUGUGGUAUUAAUUGCAUGCAUCAGUCCACUAGAAACUGAUGCUUCCAUGACUGUCAACUCCCUCCAAUUUGCCAGUAGGGUCCGAAGCAUUAAAGGUAAUCCAGAGGCUGGUCUGCUCAUCAAACAGCGGAAUCCUAUCAUGACCCCAUUUAAAGUGCCAUCUAAUUUUAAGAGAGCAGUCAAUUCAACCAUUGCCACACCAGGAAGCCAUGGAAAAGUUACAAGACCUGUACUUCGUCCAUUUAACAACACCUUCAGUUCACCAGGAACUCCUCGUGUGAAUCAAAAGAAACAAGAAAAUCUAUGGCCAACAUCUACUCCAUUUCUUACUGCAAAACCUCUGUGUGCUGAUCCCACACCAAUUCUAAAAGUGAAUGCUGGGCGUUCUGUCAAACGUCGCAGCUCUUCAGAAUGGGACAGUUUAAAUAUAUCAUCCUCUACUAUUAUUGAUGCCACUGCAACUCAGGUGAAAGCUCAAGCAGAAGUAAACCAAACAAGCCUUGUUCAAAAUGCUGAAAAUGAAACCUGGCUUCGCUCUGUGAUAGCAGACGUGAUAAGAGAGGAGUUGAGAAAUACAUUUUUGAGUCAAACACGAGUACAAGACGGACUCUCCCCACCAAAGCAACCUAGAAGGUCAGCUCGUUUGUCAAUGGCAAGACAAGAGGGCCCAUCCUUCUUUGAACAUGAUGGAAAUACUACAAUUAUGUCAUCCUCUCCCAAAGAGAAAAAAAUAGUGACUAAUUCGGAAGUUAGCCAAUCAAACCCUGUUCGUAAAAGUAUUGGACCUGUACGCCGCAGCACAAGAUUGUCAGUUGCCCCCAAACCACUGUAUUUUGCAGACAGCCCUGUUAAACAAAAUUUGAAGGUGACAAAACAAACAAAGAAAGCAGCACGUCUCAGCACACGGUUGUCUAUGUUACCUAAAGCUACUUCAGGAAAUGCCCAGAGUCAUAUGAAUAAUUAUGUAUUGGAAAUCCUACAAUCGGGUAACAUUAAGAAGUUGCAAUCCUUACCUACUAUUGGACCAAAAACAGCUGUCAUCAUUAGUAACCACAGUCUGUUGCAUGGACCUAUCAAAAGUUUUAAAGACUUGGUCAAUGUGAGAGGUCUCUCUGUAAACUUCAGAAAACGGUUUCUCUGGGCUAACAACAUUAUCCUUGAAGACGACCUUGAUGAAACAGCUUCAAGUUAGUGCAAUUUUAGUGUUGGGAUUCUUGUGUUAACUUAUACAUUACUUAACUUGGCUUUCAACCCAAGCUUAUUUUGAAAAUUAUGUAGAAAUGCUCAAAGGAUUGUUAUCUUGUACUGGUACAAAUAGUUUUUAAUUAUGUAUUGUUUUAUAUUUAAAUUUUAAAAGAAUUUAAAAUUUUUCAAGAUUCAUUAGUUUGCUCUUGGUAUUGACUUAAAAAUAUUUUUUUAAUGAUAAAAACGUGUUCUAUAAUUAUUGUU